AUGAGGGAGUGCAGGAGUGUGUGGAUGACGUGGCUGCCUCCAAAUCGCUUUGGGAUUUGCCCGGGUUCGGUGUUUGCCGGUGCUCACAGAUUCCGUGUGCACAGGGCCCACUGCGUGCUGAACGUGCAGGGCUGCCUUCUGCCCGUUCCCUGUGCGUCCACUGACCUUUCCUCUUUCCCCCUCCGGCAGCUGAACAUCCUGGUGGACACGGGGAGCAGUAAUUUCGCUGUGGGUGCAGCCCCUCACCCCUUCCUGAGGCGCUACUAUCAGCACCAGCUCUCCAGCACCUACCGGGACCUGCGGAAGGGAGUCUAUGUGCCCUACACACAAGGGAAGUGGGAAGGGGAGCUCGGCACGGACCUGGUCACCAUCCCACACGGCCCAAACGUCACGGUCCGUGCCAACAUCGCCGCCAUCACGGAGUCGGACAAGUUCUUCAUCAACGGCUCCAACUGGGAAGGGAUCCUGGGCUUGGCCUACGCGGAGAUUGCCCGGCCAGACGACACGCUGGAGCCCUUUUUUGACUCGCUGGUGAAGCAGACGCGGGUGCCGAAUGUCUUCUCGCUGCAGCUGUGUGGGGCUGGCUUCCCACCCAAUAACUCCGAGGCCCUGGCCGCUGUGGGGGGCAGCAUGAUCAUCGGGGGGAUCGACCCGUCUCUCCACACGGGCAGCCUCUGGUACACGCCGGUGCGGAAGGAGUGGUACUACGAGGUGGUCAUUGUGAAGAUGGAGGUCAACGGGCAGGAUCUGCGGCUGGACUGCAAGGAGUACAACUACGACAAGAGCAUCGUGGACAGUGGGACCACCAACCUCCGCCUCCCCAAGAAGGUCUUUGAGGCAGCCGUGAAAUCCAUCAAGACGGCCUCUGCGACAGAGAAGUUUCCUGACGGCUUCUGGCUGGGGGAGCAGCUGGUCUGCUGGCCCAUGGGCACCACCCCGUGGCACAUCUUCCCGGUCAUCUCCCUCUACCUGAAGGGCGAGACAACCAACCAGUCCUUCCGGAUCAGCAUCCUGCCCCAGCAAUACUUGCGGCCAGUGGAAGACGUGGCCACCUCCCAGGACGAGUGCUACAAGUUCGCCAUCUCGCAGUCUUCCACAGGCACGGUCAUGGGCGCCGUCGUCAUGGAGGGGUUCUACGUCGUCUUUGACCGCGCCCGCAAGCGUGUGGGCUUUGCCGUCAGCACCUGCCACGUGCACGAUGAGUUCCGGACCGCCGCCGUGGACGGGCCCUUCCUGCAGCCCAACACCGAGGACUGUGGCUACAACAUUCCCCAGACGGACGAGUCCACGCUGAUGACCAUCGCCUACGUCAUGGCUGCCAUCUGUGCCCUCUUUAUGCUGCCGCUCUGCCUCAUGGUGUCGCAGUGGCGCUGCCUGCGUUGCUUGCGCCGGGGCCACGACGACUUUGCGGACGACAUCUCCUUGCUCAAGUGAACGCUGCCCCCCUGAGCCUGCGGAGGCAGAGCUGCGGACCCCGCGUGGAGCUCUGCAGACUCCACCUUGACCUGGAGGGGCCUUGGCCUCCCUGGGGAGGGGGGCCUAGCGCGACCCCCAACCGGAGCAGGGCCCGGCCACCGGAGAGGCUUUCUUUCCCUCCGCCAGGAGGGGCCAGUGGCGAUCGACAAAGACUCUGUUCCCAUGCCCCGCUGGACAGAAGAGCCGUGGUGGGGAAGGGGCUGGCCUUGCGGGCAUGGGGGGCUCCAGCAGGCCUCUGCCCCGUGCCGAGAGGUCAAGGGACGUUUUGUCUGCUUGCUUAGUCAUUCCCCCGUGGCAGGUGCUGCUGUGUCCUCCUGGGAGCUUGUGCCACUGUGAAGGGCCUUCUGUCAAGAGCGGUGUUGCUUCUAUACGAGGCCUGCGGAAGUAGCUGUUUGUCCUUCACGGUUUCGUGUGCGUGUGUGUUUGCAAAAGCGCAGGCAGAGAAGCCAAGCUGUCCCCCACCCCCCGCUCAGGGAAAGGGCGCUCCUGGGAUGCCUCUGGAGGAGAGGGGAGGAGCCGGUUCUUUACCGGAGGCCGGGGAGACCUUGAGGUGCCGGGGGCCUGCAGAGAGGGAGAAGGCUGUCCCCGCCCGCCCCCCACCUCUAGGACUGGCCCGCAGGGCAGGGCCUUGCAGAGGGCUUGAGGUCCGCCUUGAGCACAGGCCCUGCGUGGAUUGGCACUUUGGGAAGCUCCCUCCCUCCCAGGAGCAGGACUCUGGGCUGCCAGACAGUCCGGGGCAGGUUUUUGAAGGCAAAGCUCACUGCCACCUCCUCCGGCUGGGGCCGGUGCUUGCAGGGCCCUGCGCUCCAGGUAGCUCCCUCGCUCCCUCUGUGUCUUAGCAGAGCUCUUCAUCAGGCAGAAAACUGGAGCCAUUUUGAACUCCCUGGCGGGCAGGGUUGUCUCAGGAGGGACACAGACCCGCCUGGCUCUGCAUUUCAGGUGCUCCGGGGGGGGGGGGCAGGUUGUGUGUGACCCUGGCUGCUGCUGCUGAGCCUAAGGUGCCCCUCCCCAACCUGGGGCAGGAGGGCCUGUUCUGGGCACCUGGCAGGGCUCGGGGGGCGGGGGGGAGCCAGGCACUCCGGCUUCUGCCUGGGGACGGGCAUUCCAGGCCACCAGUUGCGCUGCUGCUGCUCCUUGGCCUCAGCCCCACGUGUGGGGGGACCAUGUUGCAGUCAGCUGAAGAGACCAAGGCAGCAGGGACGCUGCCCCUGGCCCCCUUGCCCUGCGCGGAAGUAGUCUCCCCCGCAGCGUAGCCGGCGGUCUGUCUGAACGGCAUCCAAAGGCGGUGGGUUUUGGCAGGAGCGGCCCAGCCCCAAAGUACCCCCC